CCCUAGACAAAAUUAUUGUAGUUUGGAUGGAUAUUCACCAUCCAUUGACUUUUCUCUUUAUAAAUUUGGCCUUUUGAUCAAACUCUGCCGCCACAGACUCAAACUUGCAUUUUAGGAUAUCCAUCAACCAGUCAACAAUUAUCCAUCAAGUUUGCUUCCACCAAUUGAUAUUGUAAUUUGAGUCCUUAACUUUUCAUCUCCUUAGCUUUAGACUUUGCCAUUCCUCUGGUAAGCUUUCAUUUCGAUGGCAGAACUCAGUGAUCAACCUUUGUUCAGCUGUAAAAAUUGUCAAAAUCCUCUUGCACUGCGCAGUGACCUGCUUUCUAAAAAUUUUUGGGGAAAAUCUGGGCCAGCAUUUCUGUUUUCUCAUGCAAUGAACAUCAUUGUGGGGCAAAAAGAGGACAGGCAGCUAAUAACUGGUCUAUACACUAUUGCUGACAUCUAUUGCUGCAACUGUGGUGAGGUACUAGGCUGGAAAUAUUUACGAUCUUAUGAUGUCAGACACAAAAGCAAGGAAGGGAAGUUCAUAAUCGAGAGAGCAAAGAUCAGCAAGGAAUAUUAAGAAUCCACAGUUAUGAGCCAAAUAACUGUGUACUAUGCUUAGCACCAAAACAAUGAAUAAUAAUUCCACUAUGAGGAAGGUCCUUGUUUCAUAUGUCCCAGAUUGAAUACAAGCACAUAGGCUUCACAUGUUCAUCGAUCUGUUACUAUUAUAUGCUGUAUUUAAUUUCCUAGCCGGAAUCUUGUUUUAAAAUCUUGGAAAAUGAAAUCCGCAUCCAAAUUUAUGCAGUGUGGUUCAUUUUCUCUAAGGAAUAAAGUAAACUUUUGUGUAGGGGAACUGGGGCUUGAAAUAGAACAUUGCUUCAAGUCAGAACAGUCCAAGAAUGUGCCUUUAUUCCCAAUAUUAGUAACAUACUUCGAAUGAGAAGAUUUAAACAAGGAUCUUAUGGUCCUUUAUUAUUA